UUUAUUUACACACCUUAAUUGUGAAAGAAAAGAUUUUUACGUUAUUUGUUUAUUAUUAAUUUACAACGGGCUUUACACAAAUCUCUUUAUUUUAGUUCACUUUUAAUAUAAAAACCGUUUAAAUGAGCCAAGCAGAAAUAAAAUUCCACUCAAUUAAAACGCAUCAAGAUGGUUAAUUUUGCAUUGAUUUUUAUUUUUUCUCUAACAGUUGUUGGUUUGAGGGCCAACAUUUGUGGCGAAGUUUUCGAAAGAGGGGUAGUAGAUGAUGAAAUAAAGCAACAAAUUGUGAACAAACACAACGAGUUGCACUCUCUUGUUGUGUCAGGACUAGUGCCAGGCCAGCCUAAAGGGAAAAAUCUGAAAACUUUGAAUAUUAUAGGUUGGCGUAGUACUGGGAAGAAAGAUGGACCCGAUUUUCUGCCCAUGAUUGAAUCUUGGUUCAGUCAAUAUUCCAGAGUAACAUAUCCGAACACCCUAACUGGAGGUUUUUACGGUCAAAUUGUUUGGAACGAAACUCAAUACAUCGGUUGUGGGUAUAUUCACUUCCGGAAAACACCCAAGGAUUGGUAUGAGAAAAUCUACUUUUGCCAUUACGGACCUGGGGGCAACAUUCCUUACGUUCCCCCGUACGAGAAAGCAUAAGCACCGAUUUUCUUGAUAUUAUUGUAAAAUAUUCAUUGUCACAAAUAAAACAGUUUAAAAAUCA